AGAGAUGGGUCUGUUCUGGACUCACUUAGUUUUGUGGCCAGUCUCAAAACCUCUCUUUUUUGAUAAUUCUCCACUCAGUCGCUGAACACUUUCUCUUUUUUCGUCAAUAAGGGAAAUAGGGGUCAAGAGAGAACCAUCGAACAUUUGCUGGCGUCUGUUUUUUGGACUGUUUUGAUUGAAGUUGAUGAUGUGUUUGCCGUCUGAGUCCGAGUCUCCUGCCUGCUACUGACAAGGCUACUGCUGACAUAGAUCUAGAUCUAGAUCUAGUUUUACGCUACUAUUCAGUCUGUUGUGUUACAGUGUUAGUUAAGACAAAAUUCAUAUGACAGUAUUGUGGUUAUUGUUGAUCUUAGCCUCAGUUCUCCAAGACCAUUUUGUGAACCAGCUAUGAGUUUCCUCCUUCCAAACCUGUGCUCGAAGAAAGAAGUUGAUGAAGUCAUUAGAAAUACAGAGGACCUUGUUCUUGUUCUAAGAUUUGGCAGAGACACAGAUUCAAGCUGUUUGCGUCUUGAUGAUAUACUGUCGAAGACUUCAAAUGAUUUAGCCAACAUGGCUGCCAUCUAUCUCGUUGACAUUGACAAAGUGCCAGUAUACACACAGUACUUCGACAUAUCUCUCAUACCUUCUACAAUAUUUUUCUUCAAUGGUCAACAUAUGAAGGUAGAUUGGGGGAGCCCGGACCACACUAAGUUUGUUGGAAGCUUCAAGACCAAGCAAGACUUUGUGGACGUGGUUGAGGUGAUUUACCGCGGCGCUAUGAAGGGAAAGGUCAUGGUGACUAGUCCUCUGGAUCCGAAGGACAUUCCAAAAUACAGCUUGUUGUAUAAAGAUAUUUGAUUGUGGUAUUAACAUCAUCAUCAUU